AUGAGCACUGCCAUCGCCAUGGCUCCGUCGCCAGCACCUCACGACCGGCCCUCGUAUAUAGACAUGACCCCAUCGGCCCCCCAGCGCCACUCUGACCGGUCCAAGUCGCCACCAGUGCACCGUGUAGCUUCGGCCACGUCGAAUCAUGCCGACCACAGGGCAGGGAGUGGGAGCCCAGAGACAACUCCAGCCGCAAAGAGUCCCCCCAAUACGGCGCGAAUUGGCACGGCCCCGAAGAUCACGAUCAAGAAGGAGAUGCCAUCGUCGCCGGAUCUAUCGACGUCUCGACACCGACCCCGAAAACUCGACCUUUCAAAGAACACGGCCAGCGCUCACCCGGCGACCUCGCGACCCUCCGCGGGCCCGCUGACCGCGCGCGGCGGAGACGGGCUGUUGAUUCACGACGUCGGCCUGGCGUGUCUGUCGCCCGGGUUCGUCACCCAAGAUCCCACCAUGCGGGAACAAUUGCAACGCAGCAUCUCGGUCCGCGAGCAGCAGAGACAACUGAUCGUGUCGCGACUGCAGCAGACGGCCAAGCCCGGCGACGCCCCCAUGGAAAGUGCCCGGGAGCGUGAACUGGGAGGAUCGGCGUUCCCUGCCAAAACUCCCGGGACGUCCAAGAGGAAAGCGCCUCCGGGGCUCAGCAUCGUCGCACCAUCUCAUGAGCAAUUCGCGCACGAGAGGGUGAUUCAAUCGGCCCCUCUGCACCAAUCCUUCACCGGACGACACCAAGCACACCCGCUCACUCGACACAUCCAAAAUCCCUCGUCGAACCUCGCCAACACGUCGCACAUCCACCACGUCCCAGCAACGCAGACCAGCAACCGCCUUCCGCCCAUCACCGAUGUGUUCGCCGCCGAGGGUCUCGGUGCCCACCGUGAGGUCCAGACCAGCCGUGGUGCGUUCUUCCCCAACAACGCCGGAUCCGCCGCCAACUCCUCGCAUUCGAAUACGAGACCGGCGUUUCCGUCCCCCGGGCGCAACAACCAUCAGCCGCCCCCCUCUGCCCGACCUCGGGAGUACCGGUCCGCCGAAGAUGCGCAAGCAGAACUGGCCGGUGGCCGACCCGAGCUCUUGCCCAAGCUCGUACACUAUGGCCGACAUCAGCAACCUCCCACGCCACCGUCUCCCCUGACCGGCACGGCCAUGAGAUACAGUGAAUCUGCGCGCAGCGGCGGCCCGCGGAGGAGAGCCCGCGCCGAGUACGAAGAAGGCGGCAGCCCACCCCUCGGAACCGGACCGUCCGCGAGUCGACGCGGACCGUUUGGCGAAGGCCGCGAUAGUCCCGCGAGCCAGCAGCGCAAGAAGGAGGAGUUUAUCCGACUGUGUGACCGAGCGUGGGAUCUCUUUCACUCCUAG